CAACCAGAAAUUUACUAUUUUCAGAAUUUAUAAGGCGAUUAUUUUCAUCAUCUAAAACAGUCUUUCCACGGAACGAAACACGUUCUUACAGGUCUGAUUUCUUAAAUAGGCACGUGAAGAAUUCUAAUUUUUAUUGCCCAAAGAAGACACGAAAAUCUCGCCAUAUAUUUCCUCGCUCGUUUCAGCGGAACACAACAUUCCUUCGUACGCAUCGAAUCGAAAGUUUUAAUUUACCUAUUUAGAAUCUUGAAAAUAAGUUUAUAUUUGUACAGAAUUGUAAAAAAGAGAAAUUAUUUUAAAUUAUGGAAGUUUCGGAAAGUAUCGUUGUAAAUAGUUCUGUUGCUAACACACCAACUAAAAGUCCAUGGGGGAAGACUCCAAAUGUUGUACCUUGCUCGUUUUCUGCUGUUAUGGAUGAAGAAGUGGCUAAAGAAUUGCAAGCUAAAGAAGAUUAUCUCGCGGGUUAUCACUUACAAGGAAGCACGGUUGAUUCUCCUGAGUCAAUAUUUAAAGGUACUAUACAUGUAAUAAUAUUGAUUGUUUAAGUAACAGUGUGACUUUUUUGGGACGAUCCGUUUCGUUGGCUUUUUACUUCAGUCAUUGCUCCUUGGUAUGUUUAUAUCGGGAGAAAAUGUGUCUGUGAGGUUUUUUUUUCCUUGGCAGCCUGCUUAAAUCAUGGUCACCGGGGUAAUACGGACACCAUGGCGUGUACUGUUAGUGUCUGCAUUAAGAGGCUGGUCAUUUUGUUGCCGGUGAGGGGUAGAGAAAAAAUGUUGCUGGGGCAUCAUUUUCAAAAUCUUGAUAGACAUAAUCUUGACAUUUCAUGUGGGGGCCAUUUUAAUAAAUUUCAUGAAAGUAGUACAAAGCAGUAUCAAUUGUGAUUUGAAAUUGAAUGUACAGUAGAACUGUGGAACUCUGAAGGGAAACAGAAAACAGUUUGAGUUAGCAGGGAAUUCAAGUUAUCGGGGUAAAUUUCAGUUCAAGGGAAAGGAAAUUCAGUUUGAGUUAGCUGGGAAUUAGAGUUGUCCAAGUUUCAAGGUUCUUCUGUAGUUCAGUGGUAAAUAAUAAACCAAAAUUUGACAUGAUUUGUAGCUGGAAUAUUCCCAGUUUCCACUGCAAUCAGGUAAAGGUGGUGACUUUCACAAUACAUGUAUAUAAAAUUUAUGUGGGUCAUUUCUAAAAAGUUACGAUGUAUUGAGGGGUCAGUUUAAAUUUUUUAAAAAAAUAUCCAGGCUUACUUGGCAUGGUUUUGUUUUCCAGGAAGCUCUAGUCCAGACACUGAAAAUGAUUUUCUCUUGGCCCAAAUGCUUCAGCUUGAAUAUGAUAAAGAGAAUGAUCGUUCAAUUGACUCGAUGGAAAAGAGAUACAAUGGAGAAAGCAAAGGUAUGUAGUUAGAAUGGUUUCCUGUAGGUUGUUGCCACUUGGUAUCACAUUUCUGUAUUAUUUUUGUGAUAGCAAAAAGAAAAAAUAAUAAUUAUAGUUAAAGUACCUUAUUCUUACUAAUUUUCACGAGUAUUAAAUUUCGUGAUAUUAGUAUAGGUAAUAGCAUGAUUUGUAGUGAUAUUUGGCUUAAAUAGCACGAGUGACAUUUCAAAAUUGUUGUAUGUAAAUUUGAUACAAUUUUAAAAUUUCGCAAAUGGUAUUUAUGCCAAAUAUCACGUACAAAUCAUGGUAUUAUUUGUUUAUACUACUACCCACAAAAGGUUUGUAAUUUUCACAUGUAGGUAUUUCAAAUUAAGCUGAAAUACCACUGCUCCAAGCCAAUCAAAUUGCAGAAAUUUCUCAUGUGGUAGUAAAAGUGAUUUUAAAACAUUCGAACUGUAAACUAGAGCCCUGCAAAUACCCAAGACUUCUCCAUAUACAAUUAGUUAUGGAGACCGCAUGCCAGCAUUGUCUUGUGUUUAACUUAGUCUAAACUGAAUUUACAUUUAGCCACGUUUAAGGAAACAACAGUUGAAUGGCCAAAAUAAUAUUCCUAACCCAAAAUAUUGUAGUUAGCCAUUUAUUCUUUGCUUUGUAUUUUUACUCCUUUCAGUGUCGGUGUCAUUUGAUCAUUUUCGUAAUGUCCAUCCAAUGCUAAAAGAAGAUUCAUCAAGUUCUUCAGAUUCAGAUGAGUGGGAUGAGGAUGAUCUGGGUAAAGUAACUUAAUUGUUGUAUGAUGUUAUUGUUAGCUCACUAUUGAUACUCAGAAAAACUGUCGGUUCAUCUGAUAGUAGGUAUCAUUCUUACAAAGAGCUCAACUUCCAAAGCCUAUUUUGCCGCUCUGAUCUGUCAACAAUAAUAUGGUAGUUUUUAUAUCUGUGCCCAGGUACAGAUCUAGGAUAGAUACUGAUUUCCUAAACAAGCGCCUUCUAGUGGGGUCCAGGGGCAGGCUUCCCCAGGACAUUUUUUAGAUUUUUACUCCUUAAAGUUCCUUUUCCUGGGUCUCCAAGACAUCCAAACAGGAAUGUAUUGGCCAGAUUUAAACUUGAAAAGUGUUUUUGAUUGUUAAAUAUAUAUUUAUUAUUAAAAAUGUGACCGAUUUCAGUAAAACAGUGGAAACCGGUGUGGAUCCCAGCCUGUGUGCUCACUGUUGUCUGUCUUUGUUGUUAAAUCUUCCUAAUUUUUCACAAUCAAACCCUUUACUCAUUAAUCUCUAAGGUUACUUACUAUAGACUCUACUUGUAUUUUGACUCUUCAAUCCUUUGCCUGUAGCAUUGCUCAUGUAACCACCAUGCUUAACGCCCAGUAUUUUUUAAAACAAUAUAUGUUAUAGGUUGAAGUUUUUUGCUUACUCAUCAUCAAGUAUGGUCAUGUUGACCAGCCAAACAACUUUUAACUCUGUUGUGUCUCAUGGCUUGUGAAAACUAUAGCUAGCAAUUGUAUUACAUGUACCACUAAGUGACAUUCACAAAGCUGCUGAACGAAAACGUCAGACAGCGUCUCAUCUGUAUUCUCCUUAUUUUUAACUGAAAAUGAUUAAAAUAUUUUAUGAUUUGACUGUUCUAUUGUAAUUAUUUUACAGAAUUAAUGUGAAUAAAUUUUUUUUUUCGGGUUAUAAAAAUUAUACUUGAAAACGAUGCACUUGACUGCAUGGUAAAAAAGACCACAUGUGGCUAUUAUUCAUUUUGAACCCUGCAUACCUAAGUAUAAAUAGUCAGUAUGAUUCUGGCAAUCUACCCGUCCACCCCUCCCUUAACAUUUGCCCAUAAGGAAAAAAGUUAGUGUUUAUCAUGUUGGGUUUAUAGAGGAGGUGGGAAUGGAUACUUACAGUUUGCAACAAUUUUAACUGCAUGGUCCUCUGUCUUUGAUAAACCUGCAGACCACCCUACACCUCCUAAACCUCCACCUAAUCAAUCACCUGGCAAGAAAAAAGAGAUUAUCACCAAACAUGACUCAACAGUGUGUGGGCGUCGCAAUGUUAAGAUCAUGGAAAAGGUAUGUGUAAUGAUAACAAAUUGCUCCAUUCUCCAGAAUACCAAAAUACUAAAAAAAACACCAAAAUCGUUUUGUAUCACGAUGCCUUCUUUGAAGACAUUGGUUUUUAUUGUAUUAUAUAUCUCCUAUUAAGCUCUCCUCUCCAGAAACCCCCCUCCCCGCCCACCCCCGGCCCCCACUUUAUACGGUGGAAAAGAAAAAUUUUUCACCUCACCAUCCACGUCCCCCUCAUUAAGUUUUAUACUCAAAUAUUAACCAAUUUACUCCUGGGAAUUUGCCUUAAAACACAUUCUGAAGCUACCAGAGCCCUUUUCUGGUGACUGUCUGGCUAUUAAGAGCGUUACCGCAAAGCCAUUUACAGGUCGUACACUUUACAGCCUUCUGAUCUAGACGCAAAAUUUUUCCAUAUAUUUUACUAUUACCUGUUGACGAGUGUCAGUUGAUAUACCGUGGACUGUGUUGUAUAUAGAGGUUCCUUAAAAGGAGGUUCCACUGUAUUUAUAUCACACAUAACCACCCUUCAAAGGUUAAGGAAUUAGACCCUGGGGUAAAGUAUCCCCUGUACAAAUCUUUGUUUGUAACCCAGGGUUAGCCUCCCAUGCCCGGCAGAAAGUCUGUGGGCUAGUGGAUUUUGCUAUCUGACUAGUGAUUUUUGUUCUUAACUUGCCCCACAGACAAGUGCUGUUUUCUGGGAAAAUUCAAAUUACAGAAGGAUUAUAAUCAAUCCUGCUAAUAAAAAAGGGUUUUUUGGGGCUAGUUGAAAUGACUUGUGGGCUAGUACAUUCUAGCUACAGCUUGCCCGAAUGGCAGGCUGUAAAACUGAAUUCUUCGCACCCUGAGACGUUUGUAAGGCCCCAUUUGUGGGGCAGGAAAUCAUGACAAAGCCGUAAGAAUAUCAGCGUAGGGGCUACAUGUACCCCAGACUUUGAGCUUGCUUACAACUAAAAUGGUGUUAUAGAGUAAACAUUUUCUUUAUUGAUCUUGCUAUUUUCUUAUUUAAUUUCAGUUUCCACCAAGUUUUGCCGCAGGAAAUGUGGGCAGUGAAGAGCUUGACCUCAAGCUUUCUAACAGUGUGUUCAAUACGUUAAAACAGCACUCUUACCGCGAGGAAAGGCAAAGUGCUCGACUUCACGAGAAGAAGGAACAUGCAACACAUGUGAGUAAAUAGUUUUAACUGUAGGAAGGAGUCUACCAUGCAAACAAGCUUCCCUGAUGCAGCCUGCGAAUGCAGUCGUUAUUUCGGUCAUGGAAAGAAGCGACAAUCUGAAAAAGGUCUGCAUUCACAGGCUACCCUUGGUGAUUUGUGGACUUGACUUGAGGAAAUGGAUAAACAACGUUGGAUCCAUUGUAGUCUUACACGCAGCUUUUUUGUCCUGUCAUGCAAUGCUUCUUGUCACGCAAUGCUCUCCAACCCAGGAGUGUUGCAUGAUGAGAAUGCGCAGAAACGCUUGCUGCACAGGCUAAUACUUGAAUCUUUUAACCUUAUAGUCUUUCACGCAGCCCUUUUUUGUCCUGUCUCGCAAUGCUUCUUCUCUCCCUUCCAGGAGCAUUGCAUGAUGAGAAGAAAACGGCUGCGUUCAAGACUAGUUGGAUCUCUCCGUUCCAACUUUCGCAAACAACUUGCAUAGAAUCGCUUGCUGCACAGUCUAAUACUUGAAUCUUUUAAAGUUGGCUCGAUAGCAUGGUCUAAAAAACAAAAACAAAAAUGAAAGCCUCUUUAGCAGGAGUUUUAUUCGGUCUGAUUUGAUUCUGAACGUUUUACAAAUUUUCUUCUGGUCUUGAUUGUUUUUGCUGCAAUGUUUUUUUAGGAGCAAGUGCUAGACCCGAAAACCCGGCUGAUGUUGUACAAGCUGGUGAAUGGCGAAGUUCUUGAAGCUGUAAAUGGCUGCGUCAGUACUGGAAAGGAGGCCUGCGUGUUCCAUGCGAAUGGAGGAAGGUUGGUAAAAUAGAUCCAUCACUAACGUGAGAUAAUUAACAAUUAUUCCACGAGUGCGCGUAGGAUAUGAGAUGGCAGAUAGCCACAAAAUAUCGAGAAUUCUUCCCGAAUUUAUUUGGAGAGCUUUGUAUAAUGGCUUACAUUCCAGGAUGGCCAAGCCAAUCAGAGCUCUAUAAUUGCAUUAUCCAAUGAUUCAGUUUUUAAUGAUAUAGUCUUUUUAACGAAAUUUGGGAAAUUUCUCAUUUAUUUUGUCCAAUAUUGUAGCUCUACUUGGACACGUUUUCACUAAUUGUCGCCUUCUCAGGAAAGCCGUAAGCGAAGCUUCAGAAUUAGUUAGCCUUUUAAACCUUCUAACUGCUUUAUGAAGUAGAAGUCGAAUCUUCAGUCUUUUGACGAAUGAGGGGGGUGUAGGGGAUGAACAAUAUGCACCCAGCCCCACCCCUCACUAACUACCCGAUAUGAAACUCCCAGCUAAUUUACUUAGACCAAGGUAUUUGAGGUAAUUUCGAUGAAGUUGAUGUUGUAGCUUGGUGUGAGACUCGAAAAGUAAUAGACAUAUCUUGUCUUAAGUAUCGCUAUUUAGAAACCCAAGGUACAGUUUUAUAAUCCCCUUGAAGCACCCCUGGUUGGAGGCAAUUGAAUUUAGUAGUGACCCUUUUGUCAUUCCUUUUACUGUUCAACAUCAAAAGGCGAGAAGAAGAACCAAUGCCAGAAGAAUGUGCAGUAAAAGUGUUCAAGACAACGCUGAACGAAUUCAAGACAAGGGACCGUUAUAUCAAAGACGACCAUCGCUUUAGAGACCGCUUCAGCAAACAGAAUCCAAGAAAGAUAAUCAAGCUGUGGGCAGAGAAGGAAAUGUGUAACCUUAGCAGGUUUGUUAUCUCUUUCGUCACUCCGCCUUGUAUUGUGCAGAUUUUUACUGACUAAGAACAGUUAUCCAACAUCAGCUAUAUGAAAGACAAAUUCUUUUCGCAAAAAUACUUUUAGAAUUAGAAGAAACUUGUUUUCCUUCGACUUCUCGAUGAUACCUGAUAUCUUUCGUUUCUGUGAAUUACUACUUCUGCUUGGGGCUCCCAUGAACAACCUGAAAGCGUUUGAAUUUACUGGGGAUGGUAUUGCGGUUAUUUCACGUAGCCCACAGAGACCAUGUCACGUUGUUUUAUCAAUGUAACUUCGUCUCAACGAAAGUAAAAAUCGAGUAAUCGAAUGAAAACACGUAAGCGAAACGAACUAACGAUGAGCGAAACGACUUAAGACGUAGGCGAACAGAACGUAGGCGAAACGACUCUUUGGCGAAACGACCGUAAACCACUUCACCGUUGUGUGUUCAUGUCCUUUAAGCAAUUGAAAUUUAUGCUCAGUUAAGGAUAAUCUUUAUACUCAUACGUUGUGUGUUUUUGUCACCGGUCAGGCACUUUUUGUAGGUAUUUCUGGAUUUAUAUAAGGCGAACUGAGAAAACAGUAAUAAGAUGUUUGUUUACAAAUUUUGUUUGCCGAUCGGUGACUGUUUUGUUAGCGUGGGUACGACGUCGUACAAAUACACGUUGGUAAAUGUUUGUUUCAAAGCAGGACAGGGCUGUAAAUCUUAUUCUUAUCGGCUGCAACAUAUAUCUGAGGAGUAGCAAAGAAUAAACUUGAAUUAUGGGGAUAAAUAAAAUCAAACCAAAUGCCCGGAAAUACUCUCGCGUCGCGAACAAUUUUAAUUUACUUGCGUGCAUCUAACUCGCCGCCGAUUGGUUGAAAAACAAUCAGCUACUGUCAGAACUCACACAUGCGCAUUAUCGUGAACCAGUCCCUUUAACGUCCAGAGUCGUAGUUUUGCUUGAUAACCUGAUGUUCUCGUUGCUGUCACCGUCGUCGUUGGGUUAAACCUCCUGUUUGAUUUCUAAACUUUGUUGCAGGAUGCGUAAAGCUGGUAUCCCUUGCCCUACUGUUGCACUGCUAAAGAAACAUAUCCUGGUCAUGAGUUUUAUUGGCAAGGAUCAAAAACCCGCUCCUAAACUGAAAGACGCUGUUCUUUCCUCGCGACAGUUGCAACAGGCUUAUGAGCAAUGUGUUGAGGUAAGAUGUAUUGUAGGCUAGGAUAGAUGUACUUAUAGAAUGUCAGUGGUCUCCUGGGCUGUGUCUAGACAAAGAUUACCAAGAGGGUGUUUUUUCUGAAAAUUUGCACAAGAUCACAAACAAAGAGUUGAGAACAUUAUUAAUAAUAACGUUGGAAAACGCUUUUAUGGUGAACGGCGAACGUAAGUGCCCCAUUUACUGUUGGCCGUGAACUGCACUAGUCUGUUAAAGGCAAGAUUUACCGUUACUGAAACUUUCACAUAAUGGCCUCCACUCGGUCAGGUUACGGCCUCAAAUGGUAGAAUAUACAGUUAUCAUAAUAAUCUCUAUAUCAUGGCCACGGUCUCUAUGCCCCAAUGCGGCAGGUUCCGAGGCAGUUAAUCUGAAAUGUCAUCCGGUUCCUCGCCCCGCCCCUAACGGGCGGCAAGUCUCUCUCGCUUUGCAGCCCGCUGGCGGGUGGGGUCAGGAGACGGAUGAUGUUUCAGACUAGCAUCGAGUGACAUCUGGAAUAUCAACUUUUCGAGCGGUGUUGCGUGCAUUUCUGUAUCGUAUCAGAUUCGCUCUGACCACGGGCGCUUACCUUAAGUCAGAACCGGCCGGCGGGACUGAUCAUUAGGGAGUUAAGCAACGAGAACGGCGAUGGCAACGAGAACGGCAAAAAAGCAAUAGGUUUAGGGCCUGUUUACUUGAAGGUGGGGACAGCGGAUACGUGAGGUAACAUGCGGAGGGUCACCCCACCUAUCAUGUAAACGUGAUCAAAUUAAAAUGAGAGAUUAUAUGGGCAGGCGGGUUACCCCACCUAAGCGGGUUACCUCGCCUACCUGGGUUCCCCCCACCUCCAUGUUAACAGGCCCUUAGGCUGGCAAAGCUACAACUUUGCGCGCGCGUCACGCUUUUUUGUACAUUUCUUUACCGCCACUGCACGACUACGACGUGAAACUGCCUAAUUUCACGUUUGUGGAGGAUGUGAACUUAAGACAACGAUUUUCGUUUUCUUUUUGUGAACUUAGAUACAGUCCUUUAGAAUUCAACUCCUGAAAAAGUCGCCAACAUGUAACAAUUUAAAAGAGUUCUAAUAAGAGCCAUGAAGUUUGAUUCAGCGCGAAUUCACUUUUUGGGUGACGUUUUCGAUGUCGUUGCCGUCGUCGUUGCUUAAGCUCACUAUUUGAAACAAAAUUUGGUCGUUUCUCAAAAUUUCCCCCCUAUCCAGACUGAUCUGGUUUGAUAGUCCUAUUUAAUUGUGGAAUUCUCCAUACAACUGGACUGGUCUGGCCAGCCCGGCAGUUCCGACAAAUGGAAACCAUACUAAGAGUUAGUACUCGAAACGUCGGCUUCUCAACCUCUACAUGGUGGCCGACUUACUCUAUCUCCUCAGUUGUCAAAACCAAAUUUUUCUAUUUCACCCCCCCCCCCAGCCCCCCCCCCCGACAGGCGACCACGAUUUCUUUAGAAACUAACCUUGAAUUUCUUUAGAUGUGUGAUACAUGUAUUACACAGAGUUGUGAUAAUUGCCGACAGAAGCACUCUAAUCGCAUGAGUCUUCUAUUUUUUAGAUAAUGUGCACAAUGUAUCAAAAGUGUAAGCUAAUCCACGCGGAUCUGAGCGAGUACAACAUGCUCUGGCAUGAAAACAAGGUGUGGUUUAUUGACGUGAGUCAGUCCGUGGAACCAUUCCACCCGCACGCCUUGGAGUUCCUGUUCAGGGAUUGUACAAACGUGGUGGAAUUCUUUACCAAAUGUGGAGUGCCUGAUGUACUGCAGGCUUAUGAGCUUUUUAACAAGGUCACGCGACUGGAAAUCACCCCUGAUCCUGAGCAAAGCUUCCUAUCACAGGUAUUGUUAUCAAGGUAG